AUGUGGGGCUCUAGGGAGUUGGCGACUACGACGCCUGACGAACUUGAAAGAGGCUGUUUUUAUGGAUUUUUCUUCCACAACAUUGCAUCUUAUGAAGAAACUGUUUCAUGUUGUAGGAAUCGUGCUGCUGAAAAACUUUAUGAGUAUAAAGACUAUGAAGUAAUUGGACAGAGAGUUACUGAAAUACUUAUUGACGAAGAAUACCUUGCAUCUGCCCAUAAAAUCUUGGAAAGAUUGCAGAAUGGACAAUGUUGGUCAGGUCAGUUCCCUUUUAAGAAGAAGUCAGGUCAGAGAUUCAUGGCAAUGGUGACUAAAAGCCCAUUAUAUGAGGAGGGUGAGGUUGUUGGUAUCAUCAGUGUAUCAAGUGAUGCAGCUGUAUUUAAUAAUACAAACUCAGAAAACCUGAGAACAAAUCAGGAUCAUGAUAUUGACCAAACUAAAGUGCGUGGAAUGAACUUGAAAAAGAUUCAGUGGCCUCGACAGCCAUCAAUUGCAUCAGUGCCACAUAUUGCAUCUUCUGUUUCCAAUCUGGCUGCAAAAGUUCUAAUACGUAAACGAGGAGAUGUCGCCUGCAAUUCAGAUAGCGACACCGAUUCCAGGGUCAGGGAGGAAGCCGAAGUGGACAAUCAAGUUGUAAAAUUUGAAAAGCCUCCAAGAGCACCAGGAGGAAGGCCUACUUUCAAUUUGUCCAUGGGGAAGAGUAGUACUGAUGCAGUUAGCUCUGAGAAGGACGGAAAUACAUCUGAAUUCAUUCAGCCGUCUAAACUCGCAGCUAAAUUCUUAACAAAACUGCACAUGGGGAAAACUGGGAACCUAGAGAAAGACAAGGAUGGAAGCUUCCAACAAAAAAGUGAUCAUGAUGCUUCUUUGACAAGCAAGGAGGUAACAAGCAAGCCAUAUUCACCGAGAGCUUCAGAGACAACUACAUCAUCCAACUAUAAUCUAGAUGCUAACGAUUAUAGGGAGAAUGCCCAGAAAGGAACUCUAUAUCCGAUAAGAACAAACUUGCCUACGAAUCCCUUAGGUGCUUCUGAGGGUUCCUCUGUUGGAACCUUUCCAAGAGAUCGGAUUGGGGGUUCAGAAGUUCCCCGAUAUGCAGAUCAGUUGCCAAGAUCAAGUUUCCAAUUGGAUGGGAAAGAGUGUGAGCCAAAUUUGGAAGUAGAAAAUGCAUCACCAGGGCAAUCAGAUCCCCAAAAGUUCCCAAGUUCGGAUGGGAGUGUGGGCAGCAGCCAUGGAAUUUUAUCAAACAAAGGCAAUAAUGAGUCGUCUGCAAUACCAGAUUGUGAAAUUCGAUGGGAGGAUCUAUAUUUGCGGGAGGAGAUUGGGCAAGGUUCAUUUGCUGUUGUGUAUCGGGGAAUCUGGAAUGAAUGUGAUGUUGCAGUUAAGGUAUAUAGUGGGUAUCAAUAUGGUGAGGAAACUUUAUCAGACUGCAAAAAAGAGAUUCAUAUAAUGAGAAAACUGAGACAUCCGAAUGUAGUGCUGUUUAUGGGGGCAGUUUGUUCAGAAGAAAAACUUGCUAUGGUUACAGAGUUUUUACCCAGGGGAAGUCUUUUUAAAACUCUUCACAAGAACAAUCAGUCUUUGGACAUGAGACGCCGUCUGAAGAUGGCUCUUGAUGUGGCAAGAGGUAUGAAUUAUUUGCACCACAGGAAUCCACCUAUAGUGCACAGAGACUUGAAAUCUUCUAAUCUUCUUGUUGACAAAAGCUGGACGGUCAAGGUUGGAGACUUUGGCUUAUCAAAGUUGAAGAAUGCAACGUUCUUAACAGCAAAAUCUGGGAGAGGAACACCUCAAUGGAUGGCACCAGAAGUUCUUCGAAAUGAACCUUCCACAGAGAAGUCAGACAUCUUCAGUUUUGGUGUCGUUCUAUGGGAACUAGUGACUGAAUCCAUUCCAUGGAACGACCUCAACUCGUUGCAGGUUGUUGGAGUUGUCGGCUUUAUGGAUCGCAGACUGGACCUUCCUGAAAACCUUGAUCCUCGAGUUUCCUCUAUCAUCGGUGAUUGUUGGCAAAGUAAUCAACAACACCGGCCAUCCUUCGAAGAUAUUAUUCACAGAAUGACAGAGUUGGUACAUACAGUUCCCGGAGCAACUGCCAAGACAAUCCAGCUUAUAUAAUUGGGACGGGAGGAGAUUUUUUAGUGCACUGCCUUGUUUGCAUUAUGUUUAUUAUUAGUCAAUUUACUUUUUAUUCACAUAUUUUGUGGAUUGCAAGUAUUAUUCACUUAUUUAUUACACAGUUACUUCUAUC